AUGACAUAUAACAUAGAUGCCCAAACAGGGGAGUCAUCUGCCUGUGCCACCGCUCUUUUGUGUGGCGUGAAGGCACGGUACGAGACCCUGGGUUUAGAUGCCGGUGGAAGAUUCAACAAUUGUGCUUCUACUAUCAACUCCAAAGUCACAUCUUUGGUUGACUGGGCACAUGAAGCUGGAAAAUCCAGUGGCAUUGUGACAACAGCGCGGAUAACACACGCUACUCCUGCGGCGUUGUACGCGCAUGCGCCGUCCAGAUACUGGGAGGACGAUAGCAGAGUACCCCCCACUGUUAGAAAAGACUGCAAAGAUAUAGCUUUGCAGCUUGUAGAAAAUGAACCGGGAAGGAGUAUAAAUGUAAUUAUGGGAGGUGGAAGAAGACACUUUUUGCCUACCAUCACACCAGAUCCUGAGCAUCCAAACCGUGAAGGUAGAAGACUAGAUGGAAGAAAUUUAGCUGAAGAUUGGGCCAGAGAAAAGAAGAGACGGCGAUUGCGAGCUCAAUAUAUACAUUCAAGAGAACAGCUUGCUAAAUUAGAUCCUAGAACAGUGGACUAUUUGUUAGGUCUGUUUGAAUACUCCCAUAUGGAGUUCAACGCAGAGCGAGGAGCGAUAGCAGACGCGGAGGAAGGUGGUAGUGCCAGUCCCACUGUCAAAGCUGAUGAUCCAUCCCUGGCCGAUAUGACUCGAGCUGCAUUGUCUAUUUUGACCAAAAACGAUAAUGGAUUUUUUCUUCUCAUUGAGGGUGGAAGGAUAGACCACGCUCAUCACUACAACAAUCCAUAUAGAGCUCUCGACGAAACUUUGGAGUUAGAAACCGCACUGUUGGCAGCAUUAGAGAGGGUUAAUCCUGCUGAAACUUUGAUCGUCGUCACCGCCGAUCACGGUCAUGUAAUGACUUUUGGCGGCCAAGCUACGCCGAGAGGACACCCCGUUUUAGGUGCGGAUACUGUGGUGUCGGAUAUAGAUGGUUUGCGUUAUACUACUUUGCUCUACGGUACGGGUCCUGGGCAUUCGGAGCCGAGGGCAUUGCCGUUGAAUACGACAACGUCUGCUGCUAAUGCGGACGCUGUUCACGCUGCUGCAGUUCCUAGACAAUGGGCCACACAUGGUGCUGAAGAUGUGCCUAUUUAUGCUUUAGGUCCAAUGGCAACGACAUUGUUUGCUGGUGUGGUGGAGCAAAGCUACAUACCUCAUGCGAUCGCAUACGCAGCGUGUAUAGCCCACCAGUCGCGGAGAUGUCAAGAAAAAGUCAACUUCACACAACCACCGGAAAAGCCUCCGAACUGCGUUCCACCAGAAGUGAGCAGCGUAUCCACUGCAGAUGAUACUAGAAGUGACAGCUCAACGCGACGUCGAAUUGUCGUCGCGUCAAGUGUCAUGGCGGACGAACGCGCGCCCCGAUCGUCUGCCCCGAUACCCGCUACGCUUAUCACCUCACGCUACCUUACGUCAAAGCUAAUCGAAUACGUUUCUCGAAUAAGUUUAAUUUGGUUUAUUCUAAAAAUAUAAAAAAUCGUUUAAAAUGUACAUAAUUAAAGUAAAAUACAGUCCACCCCAUAAUUUUCUUGACUGUAUCUAAAAAAAUGUUAAUUAAUUUCUAAUGAUGAUUUAAAAAAUGUACGUAUACGUUAACUGUAAAUACACUGAUCGAAAUGUAAAUAAAAUAGCUGUUACUUAAAUGUAAAUAUCAAAUUAAAAUGAAGAUUGAUAU